AUGAUAAUCGUGAACGCCAUGCAUUGUUCAAUGGAGGGAAAUUUUUCAGAGUCUGGUGCAAGUGAAAAAAAAACUUUUGACAUGAUUCAAAUGCAGAUGUUAAUGUUAAGUUGUUUUUUUGCAGGUAUGAAAUCUUAUCAUCAGUUAGAAACUUGUUGGUCUAUAGAUAUCAAGUUAUGUUCCAGCGAGCUGUUAAAUGAUAUUGAAUGUUGUCAGUUUUAUAUUGAAAUACAACAUGUGUUUCAAUAUCUUGAUAAUUGGAAAUCUCCCUUUCACAGUAGGGAUAAAUUGGGAUUGCCAUUUGCUAAAUUGGAUGGUCGGUCAGUGUGGCACUCUGGAAGUGAUCAUGCAGUAGGUGCUGAGAUCCAUAAUGUCCCGACGAAAGGAUCAAAAUCAACAAAAGAAGGAGAAAGUUAA